AUGUCCUUGCGGAUAUUAUACUUGUAUUCCUUGCUUAUUCCCGAAGUCGUCGCCGUGUUACCGUUUCCAUUGUUGGACUUCUACGUGCCGUUGAACGAUGAGGUCGAGUGCAUGGGUAAGAUCAAUCACUUUUUGAUUUAAAGCUGUUUCUGGUUAGUUUUUUACCGCUUGAGUAGUUAAUUCUUAUUUUUGUGGAAUAUUCUUUCCAAUUUGGAUAACAAAAUCUAAUUUAAACGAAUGAUUUAUAUUGUAGUACUGUUAAGGUCACUGAUAUUCUUCAGAUUAUUCGACCGAUUGUGACGCCAAAAAAGGUCUAUGUAAAAACGAGGCCUUCAAGGACAUUAUGUAUUCGAAAUGUGCAAAAACAUGUCAAAUAUGUGGUGAGAUAAUAAAGGAUGACGAUCCCGUGUUCAAUGUCAACAUCCAGGAGAAUCUACGACCCGAUAGCGGUAGGAAUUGUCAAAAUAUAAUAUUGUUGUAGACAAAAAGCAAAAACGUUAAGAAUACUAAACCAGAGUUUAAAAUAAGCAUAUUGUUAACAUUUUUAUCAUAAUUAAUAAUGAUAACAUAUAAAUAUUCUAAUCUUCAGAUCAAAACUGGAAGUACCCGCGAAUGGACACAGAACAAUCGUAUUCAAAUGAAGGAUACGAAGAAGUACAAUCCUACCGAGGACAGCAAGGACCACACAGAGGAAGAUCUGGCUACAGAGGGCCGUCAGACAACUACGUGGGACCACCUGACACUUAUGGUGGACAUUCAGAUGAGAUUCAGAGUGAAGAACUGGAUGAACAAGCAAUGAAGCACAUGAUUCUACGACCUCCACCUACAGCUCCUGUUAAGCCUAAAAUGCGGAGAGUGAUAAAGAACUGUGUGGACAUUGCUCCCAACUGUUUCUACUUGAAGUCACUUUGUUUCAACCGUUUUUACCUGCCGGUAAUGCAGAAUAACUGCAAGAAGACUUGCGGUUUUUGUGGUGCUCAGCCAGUGGUAAGUCUCGGUUUAAAAUAUCAUAUUAUGACUCUUUGAGCAAAAUACUGAGUAUUCUUGUGACCUGUUUAACCUUAAUUUAUGACACAAUAACAUCUACAAAUUACCGUAAAUAUAAAUGUAACCCUUGUUGCAGCAAACAAGGCAACCACCACCCAGCCACAGAUGGAAGCCGAAUCCGGGGAUUCAACGGCCGCCCUUUGAAGCCGAUGUCUGUAAGAAUAGGGGGUUGGAUUGCGACGAGAAGCUACAUCUCUGCACUCAUUGGCGCUACUGGAAACUGA